CCGCCCAGCGGGGGCUCCCUCCGCGCUGCCCGCUUCAGGUGUAGCUGCCCGCGAUGUGGCGCGGCCGCCUGCUGAGCUCGGCCCGGGCCCGGCCCGCGGCUCCGGGCAGGGGAGGCCGCCGGGCGCAGUCGGCGCUGGCCCAGCUCACGCGCAUCGUGGAGGCGCAGCUGGCCGCGAUCCGGGGGGCGGGCACGUGGAAGGGCGAGAGAAUCCUCACUUCCAAGCAGGGCCCGCACGUCCGCGUGCAGGGCAGCGCGGGAGGGAUCCUUAAUUUCUGUGCCAACAACUACCUGGGUCUUUCCAGCCACCCAGAAGUGAUCCAAGCUGGUCUGAAGGCCCUGGAGCAGUUUGGAGCGGGCCUCAGCUCCGUCCGGUUCAUCUGUGGGACGCAGACCAUCCACAAAGCCCUGGAGGAGAAGAUCGCCCGCUUCCACCAGAGGGAUGACGCCAUCCUCUAUCCCAGCUGCUUUGACGCCAACGCCGGCCUGUUUGAGGCCCUGCUGAGCCCAGAGGACGCCGUGUUGUCCGACGAGCUCAACCACGCCUCCAUCAUCGACGGCAUCCGCCUCUGUAGGGCCAGCAAGUACCGCUAUCGCCACCUGGACAUGGGCGACCUGGAGGCCAAGCUGCAGGAGGCCCAGAAGCACCGGCUGCGCCUGGUGGCCACAGAUGGGGCCUUCUCCAUGGACGGCGACAUCGCGCCCCUCCGGGAGAUCUGCCAGCUGGCGCAGAAGUACCAAGCCGUGGUCUUUGUGGAUGAGUGCCACGCCACCGGCUUCCUGGGGCCGAGCGGACGGGGCACUGACGAGCUGCUAGGAGUAAUGGACCAAGUCACCAUCAUCAACUCCACCCUGGGAAAAGCCUUGGGGGGCGCCGCAGGGGGCUACACGACGGGGCCCCGGGAGCUCAUCGCCCUCCUCCGGCAGCGGGCCCGGCCCUACCUCUUCUCCAACAGCCUGCCCCCGGCCGUGGUGGGCUGCGCCUCCAAGGCCCUGGACCUGCUCAUGGAGAGCGACGCCAUUGCCCAGUCCAUGGCUGCCAAGACCCGCCAGUUUCGCAGCAAGAUGGAGGCCGCCGGCUUCACCAUCUCAGGCAAGGAGCACCCCAUCUGCCCCGUGAUGCUGGGGGACGCCCGGCUGGCGUCGGUCAUGGCCGAGGACAUGCUGGAGAGAGGAAUCUUUGUCAUCGGCUUCAGCUACCCUGUGGUGCCCAAAGGGAGAGCCAGGAUCCGAGUUCAGAUCUCGGCGGUUCACAGCGAGGAAGACAUCGACCGCUGCGUGAAGGCCUUUGUGGAGGUGGGAAAGCGGCAUGGGGCCAUCCCGUGAGCAUGCUCGGGGGAGCCGGUCCCAGCCCGCCCAGGGCCCCUCCUCCUGUCCUCCCACAACCAAGUGCCUGGAAACCAAAACAAGACUUUUUACAUUUUCUGUUUCUUGUUCUGUAGUAAACCGCCCGCUGGGCCGACCCUGC